UUUGGGGGGUUUUCCACUGGGUACAGUACCUGGUACUUUUUUUAGUACCACCUCGGUUGGGGUUCCUAAGUUGUCGUGUGUGGCAGGCUGAAGCAUGGCAGUACCUACCGGCAGAGCUGUGGUAUUCGUUACCGGGAACGCGAAGAAACUGGAAGAGGUAGUUCAGAUCCUUGGUGACAAAUUUCCCUACAAACUGAUUUCCAAGAAGAUUGACUUGCCUGAAUAUCAAGGGGAACCAGAUGACAUUUCUAUACAUAAAUGUCAAGAAGCAGCAAGGCAGGUGGAUGGGCCAGUGCUGGUGGAGGACACCUGUCUGUGCUUCAGGGCACUAGGAGGACUACCAGGACCUUACAUAAAAUGGUUCUUGGAUAAACUGAAGCCAGAGGGAUUGUGUAAAUUGCUAGCAGGUUUUGAGGAUAAAUCUGCCUGGGCUCUGUGUACAUUUGCUUUCUGUGCUGGAAAAGAUAAGCCAGUUCAGCUGUUCAGAGGAAUAACCGAGGGCCGUAUUGUUGAGCCCAGGGGCCCAAGGGAUUUUGGUUGGGAUCCUUGUUUUCAGCCUGAUGGCUAUGAAAAAACUUAUGCUGAGCUCCCUAAAGCAGUGAAGAACAGCAUCUCUCAUCGGUACCGUGCCCUGGCAGCCUUGUCGGAACACUUCUCCAAGCUUAACAACACACCGGAGACCAAGCAUGCAAAACACCAAGACUGAGUACUGUUGGCUUUCCAAGCAGAUUCAGCAAUCGGUGCUCAGUUUGCCUCAUCAGGCUCUGGCUCAAAUCAAAGCACUAAUGUGCUGCUCAUAAACGGUUUCAAAUGUACG